CAUUUGGAUAAGGAGAGAGAUGCUCUCCUUCAAUUCAAAGCAAACCUUCAAGACCCUUAUGGUAGUCUCUCUACAUGGAGACCUGAAGAUGAUGACUGUUGUCAAUGGAUAGGAGUCACGUGCGACAACCAAACAGGUCAUCAUGUCACAGUUCUUAAUUUGUACGACGCUGGUCUUGUAGGUGAGAUUAGCCAUUCAUUGGCUAACUUAAGCUACUUGAGUUAUCUUGAUCUUUCCUCCAAUUCUUUUCAUGGAACCAUUCCUACCUUCAUUGGUUCCUUGACUGAAUUAACCGACCUUCACCUUUCCCACAACUCUUUUCAUGGAACCAUUCCCACCUUCAUUGGUUCCUUGACUGAAUUAACCGACCUUCGCCUUUCCCACAACUCUUUUCAUGGAACCAUUCCCAGGUCCAUUGGUUCCUUGACUGAACUAAGGUUCCUUGACCUUUCAAAUAACUCUCUUUAUGGAACCAUUCCUCCAGAGUUUGGAAACCUCACCAACUUGCAAUACCUUUCCCUUAGAUACGUUGGAAGAUGUAGUGUUGAACAUAUGGAGUGGUUGUCUCAUCUUUCUCACUUGAAGGUGCUUAGAAUGGAUGGGAUUUCCCUUGCCAAACAAAAUCAUUGGGUAGAUGUAAUUUUGAGUCUCCGGAACCUAUCAUAUUUAAGUUUAGAUGGAUGUGAGCUGUCACAGCUCAUAUAUCCAUAUUCUUCUUCAUUUCUCAACUCUUCUUCUUCAUCUAUUGAAUACCUUUCUCUCCAAAACAACAAUCUGACCUCAUCCAUGUAUGGUUGGUUGUACCCAUUAACCGGCAAUAAGCUUCGUCAUCUUGAUCUCUCUAGCAACAUGUUAGAUGGGAUACCCAAAUAUCUUGGUAACCUCUCUAGUUUAUAUAAUUUGUACUUCAAUAACAACUCUGAUGUUGUCAACUUUCCUUCUUUUCUGUACAACUUGUCGUUUGGAUGCGCAUCACUUACAUUACGAUCCUUGUAUGCUGAAAGAAGCCAAUUUACAGGGUCUUUGUCCGAUGACAUCCAAAAGUUUAGUUCCCUAAUAAGAUUGAACCUAUCAGAUAAUCACAUUAAUGGAACCAUAAGUGAGAAAUUGUGGGAACUAUCCAGCCUUAAACAUAUUGACCUUUCUCACAAUCAUCUUAGUGGUGCCAUCUCUGAAAACAUUGGAAAUUCGAAGGCUUCUAUUAUAAAUCUUUCAAAAAACCCACUGCAAGGAGUUCCUUCCACAGAUCACAUGUCAAACCAGUCUUCUGUAACGUAUAUUGAUCUGAACUCUUGUAAGCUAGGGCCUCACUUCCCCAAAUGGAUUCAAAUGCUGAAAAAACUUAACGAGCUUGAUAUUUCCAAUACUAGUAUUUCAGACACCGUUCCUCCAGAAUUUUGGAACAUACAUUUAAGCUCUUUGAAUCUCUCUUCCAACAACAUCAGUGGGGAAGUACCAGAUUUAUCAUCAAGAGAUUUUUCCAAAACGAUAGAUUUGAGUUCCAACAGUUUUAGCGGUCCAAUACCGCAUCUUCCUCCCCAUUUGGCAUCAUUAAAUCUUUCAAGAAACAAAUUCUCUGGAGGAAUCUCCUUCAUAUGCCAAUUUGUUGAUGGGUUUUUACAAUUUCUUGACCUCUCCCAUAACUUUCUAAGCGGACAGCUUCCUGACUGUUUGUGGCAUUUCAAAGAACUGAAAGUUCUUAAUCUAGGACACAACAGUCUAUCUGGAAGACUUCCUCCCUCUAUUGGAUCUUUGAUCAAUCUUGAGGUGUUGUAUUUAUACAAGAACGACUUAUCUGGACAACUGCCUUUGUCUCUAAAGAAUUGCACGAGUUUGAGUUUUUUGAAUUUGGGGGCCAACAGAUUUUCUGGUAACAUGCCUGCUUCGAUUGGGGAAAACUUAUCGGGGUUGUAUGGUCUUAUCCUAAGAUCAAACAACUUCUUCGGAACCAUCCCUUUACAUUUAUGUCAAUUACCGAAUCUUCAAAUUUUAGACUUUUCAAGGAACAAUUUCCAUGGAAGCAUCCCCUCAUGUUUGAAUAAUCUUACAAGAAUGGUUCAAGAAGGAUUCUUACUGCCACCAAAUGUGCAUCCAUUUACAACUCGAUGGUCUUCUUGUGGGUGUCUAGAUUAUUUAGUUGGUUUAUUUGGGAACCGAAAUGAGGAGCGCGAUGAUCAGGAAUAUGUUGCCCAUGCAAUGAUCGAGUGGCAAGGAAGUGAGUGUGAAUUCACCAGUAAUCUGGGAUUGUUGAAGGCCAUUGACCUGUCAAGCAACAAUUUAACAGGACAUAUCCCACAUGAACUCACCAACCUUCAUGAACUGCUUGCCCUCAACUUGUCAAAUAACGCUCUACUUGGAGAGAUUCCACAGCAAGUUGGUGAGAUGAAAAAUCUUGUAGCUUUGGAUUUAUCUAGAAACAGUCUAUCAGGAGGGAUACCAUCAAGCAUGUCUCAGAUGAAUUUUUUGGGUUACCUAGACGUGUCGUGUAAUAACUUGUCAGGGAGAAUCCCAUCCAGCACUCAACUCCAAUCCUUUCAACCUUCAAGCUACAAUGGAAAUGCAGGACUGUGUGGACUUCUCCUUACCACAAAAUGUCUUGGAGAUGAAGAUCCAAAAAUACCACCUCCUGUUGGUGAGAGUGACACAGAUGAAGAUUGGGGAUGGUUCUGUAUUGGUGGGGGCACUGGUUUUGUGACAGGAUUUUGGAUAGCAUGUGGCGCUCUACUUCUCAACCGUCGUGGGCGGCAUGCAUUUUUUCACCUUUAUGAUAACUUCAAAGAUUGGGUUUAUGUGAAGGUGGUGGUGUUCAUUGCAAAAUUACGGAGGAUUGCACAUAAGUAGCUGUCUGUAUUUAAUUAUUUUUUUCUGUUUUGUAUGUUGCUUCAUAAACCUAUUACUGUUCUUACUUUAGAACAAGAGGUAUAGUAAUGUCAGACCAUGUUUCACUUGUAUUUGGCAGGGUUUUUAAGUCCCCUAAUCAAUAAACAUGCCAUCAACACCAUGGGUGGCCAUUUUCCGGAGUUGCGUGAGAUAAGGCGCCCUAGAAACGUUUUUUUUCUUCUAAAAUGUAUUUAAUAUUCAAAUUGUUACCAAUUCAUUAAUGUAGAUUAUCUUAAAAAUUAGUGCUGGAAGGAUGAUUCAACCUUAUAUACUCGUUACUUGUGGGUUACCUAGUCUAUGCUAACAUGAAACUGAUGAAUUCUAAAUUUUGGGUUUACAAUUGAGAUCUUUUCUAUAAUAGCAAAAUAAUGGUGUUAUACAAGAAUAAUGAUUGUUGCGU